AUGCGGAGAAGGCUGGCGGGGCUGGCGGGGCUGGCGGCGUUGGCAGCCUUGAUGGCUGUUGUUGUGACCCUGAGAGGAAGGGACAUGGCAGGAGAAAGAAAGCAGGUUGCACUAGAUCAGCAGGAGAUCGGCGGUUGGUACGGGGACGGAGGGGAUGGAGGCAAAGAAGAAGACGAAGUGGACCAAGAAUACGAGAAAGCCAUGCCGUUCCGAGAUCCUGGGCACAUCAGCAGGAGAGGGAUCUUUCUUUCCAAUGCUAUCAGGAGGUACGACAAUGUGCCGAGGAACAGAGGAUGGGAUUGGCAUCAACCCCUGUGGGGAAAGUACGUCCAAGCACAACAGGAUCCUUCCAAGGUUUCGGUGGGAUGGACAUCAGACAGGAAGUAUUCUAAGGAUGCUGAUGACCUUCAGCACGUGAUGGAGAGGCACGCCUAUGGGUUCGAGGGGCAUCGAGAGCCGCACGAGACGUGGUCCAUCAGUGACGAGGAGGUCGCCCAGCAGAAAGAAGGCCUGCAGACGCGCUCCAAGGAGCCCAGCAAGCUGCAGGACCAGAAGAAGAGCUUGCUCAAGGGGCAGGUGACGGAGCUGAAGAAGGAGCUGAUGAACGAGAGGAAGGAGAUCGAGAGUUUGCACGAUGACGUCCACGAGCUCGUGACCGACGAGCGGGUCAAGAAGGACAAGAAGCUCCGGCAGUCUCUCACGUACCAGGUGAUGAAGGAGAAGAUCCUUGACGCUAGGAAGCGGGAGAAGGAGGCUGAGGAGACUAGGGACAACGAGGGCCGCGCGGAGAAGAAGGAGAGGGAGGAGGAGGAGGAUCGGGAGUCGAAGCUCCAGGCUCAGAUCCACAAGCUCCAGGCUCGGCUGCGCAGGAAGUCGCCCAGGAGAUUUUCCUCGUCAGAAGCUCAGAGGGAUCUGCAGACCUACUUCAGCAGGCUGGACAAGGAUGAGGCGAGGGAGGAGGCUUCGCACGCUGAGGAGAAGCUGGAGAAGCUGAGAGCGAAGAUUGGAAGGGAGAGGAGGAGGAGGUCCUCGUCGUCCCUGGAGAGCCAGUUGGAGGCCCUCAAGGACUCCACGACGAGCGAGAGGAGUCAGAAACUUGCGAUGCUCCCUUCCAAGUCUGCAGCCCCCAAGAAGGACAACCUUGAGGCUCUCGUGCAGCAGCUAGAGGAGAAGGCUGUCGCCCCCUUCCUCCCGUGA